AUGGCGGCCCUCGGCGCCAAACAUCAACUCUUCUCGUUGUCGUCAGGCGCCACCACUGCGGCCACCUCGAUCAACCUCACGACCGCAGUCCUGAUACGCCAAGAACUGGUGGUAAACUCGCUUUUUUGGAUCCUGGGCCGAUGUCCAACCUGGACUCCUCUUCGCCUUCGACGCCUGGCGGCGAAGGUAUAUCAUCUUGGCGGUGUUCAUAGCGGCGCCGCCAUCGCGGCUACUCUCUGGUUCGCUAUCUCCAACGUGACCCUAUUCAGCGCUUUGAGCUCGACCUCAGCCAAGGAGAACGAAAUCUCUAUCCGGACCAUCACCAUUCUCCUCGACAUCCUGCUGGUCACGACAAUCGCGACCGCCUUUCCAACCUUCCGUACCUGGGCUCACGAUCUAUUUGAGAUCAUUCACCGUUUCUUGGGAUGGAUUGCUCUGGUCCUAUUUUGGAUCUUGUUUGGGUUCCUGGCUCACGUCCAGCUCACAGACGGUCCUGAACUCACCGUGAUGGAUGUGGUCGGUGCGAGUCCCGCAUUCUGGAGUCUCCUCCUGGCAACUUUCUCCAUAGUGCUGCCCUGGCUCCGUCUGCGCAAAGAGUCUGUUCGUUCCGAGCCACUUUCCGAUCACGCCCUUCAGCUUCAUUUCGCCGGAGAGCGUCUGCCACUGUGCGCGGCG